AUGGACAAACCAUUCUCUCGCGACUACCAGCCUGUUUCCAGGAUGGAUUCCGAUGGCGACAACGAUGCCCCAGUAACAAGCAGACCCCAGCGUCCAGCCUUCCACUCCUUUCUCAAACGCAAUCUUGCCGCAAUCACCAUAACCGGACUCCUCCUCGUAAUGAUACUCAUGGUCCUCGCCAUAAUCGCAGCAAUCACAGUCGAACCAUUCCGCGUCCUUGUCUUGAAAGGAACAUCAUCCGCAGACCCUGCAGAUCUAAACGGAAAACGCCAGUGCCUCCCCACGACAACUCGCACAACCUACACAUGUGGAAACUCAACCGCGGAAGCCAAAGCCCUUGGCUGUGAUUACGACCCUCUUGCAGGCUGCUGGCUCCACGAAAAAUGCCCGCGAGACUUUACACACGAGUUCGCGCAUUUCAACGACGGCAAGCCCUUUGUCUAUUACUACGAUGAAGCAGCUACUCGCCAGAUGAAGGACUACGACGAAGUUGGUCGCAACCCGGAUUUCUACUGGACUUCUAUCCGAGAGCAUCUAGUUCAUUGUCUCUACCUUCUUCGGCGAGGCCAUGAUGUCCAUAUGCGGGGUGAUCGUCUGGAUACCAUGCUUGGAGAUCUUGAGCAUGUUGAUCAUUCCUCCGACCCAACAAUCCCAACCAAACACACACACGACACAACAAUCGACACAGAUCCAAGGCACAUAACCCUAGAAAUCAUCGACCUAUCCGCGCAAUCCUUACCCCUCUACGACGAAUCCGUAAUCCCAGCCAGCCUACCAGCAUCAGACCCCACACCGCAUUACAGCAAAGCUCACACGCGCGCGUGGUCUGCUCUCGUGCGCCAAUUCGACGCCUUCAUCUUCGUCACGCCGCAGUAUAACUGGAGUAUACCGGCGAGUCUGAAGAACGCGCUUGAUUACCUGUACUAUGAGUGGGUGGGCAAGCCGGCGGGUAUUGUUUCUUACGGGUCGAGGGGGUGGCGGGAAGGCGGCGGCUCAUUUGAGGGGUGUGCUUGA